GGAGACUAAGUUCACUCAUCAAAAAUCUAAUUUCAACUCUAAUUAUCGUAUUUAAGGUCAUUGGAGAUUCAACUCUUGUACCUGUAGUUUCUUCUUCUGAAAAUCAGCAACAAACUACAAAUCAUCCAAUGAUAGAAUUUCAGCUUUAAUUAUCAAACAAAUUAAAGAUAACCCCAUUGAUAAUAUCGCCACGUCUCAUCGGAUGAAAUAGUACUAUCUGACACGACACGAAUCUCUUAUGAGAGAAACAGAAGAGCACGGAAUCUCCAUAAAUCAAAAUACAUGAUCGGAGCUUUCUCACUAUCAAAAGCUUUCCGGCGACAAAACCAACCAUCUCCUCCUUAUCUCCACCAUGAUCUCACUCCACUCAUCAGCCAUUAAAGCCUCUCUCUACGGCUCUUUCCCUUCUUCGUUACGAUCAACACUCUCUGUUUCCUUCUCUGCUGGAUCUCUUAUUCGGCUUCCUUCCGUCGGCAAGCGCAAUCUCUCCGUCGUCGUUUCCUCUGGAAGAGACUCCUCGAUGUCAUCAAACAAUGUUUCUCGCGGAUCGUCUUCAAAGGUUGCUGCUGAAUCUUUCUUCAGGAGUGUCUUAGGGCAGAUGGAAACUGUUUACCUAAAUCGAAACCCGACGCCUAAAUCCGUCUUGGAGCUUGUUCGAUCUGUUGAUGACCAGCAACUUUGCUAUGAUCAUCUCGCUUUCAGAACGUUUGGGAUUGGUGGUUAUGGGAUUGACUCGCUUGCAAGCUUUUUCCUUGACUAUGGAUAUACACCGAUGGAUGAGCUAAAAUUUCCGGCCAAAAAGCUUAGAGCUUUGUGGUUUGCACCUCCUAAUGCUUCUGCUGUUCCUGGUGGCAGCGGCGUUAACGGUCCUUUACCGAGAGUUUUUAUCUCAGAGCUCCUGGUGGACCAGAUGAGUUCACAGACUCAGGAUGUAAUCAGAAAAUACACGGAAGCAUCACCUAAUGGGAAAAAGUAUGCUGGACUUUCUAGUGCUUUGGGUACUUUAACUUGGGAAAAGCCUCUAUCUUCUGAGUUUGAGCAAUUGGCUAGGGAAAGUGAAUACGCAGCAUGGACCCUUGUCAAUGGAUAUGCACUUAACCACGUCACGAUUUCUGUUCAUCGGCUUAAAUCUCAUCUAAACAAAAUCAAGAAGCUCAAUCAGUUCCUCGAAGAAAAAGGUAUCAAAUUGAACUCAGAAGGAGGAGUCCUUAAAGUUAGCCCUGAUGGUGGUUUGCAGCAAAGCUCAACUGUAGCAGAUUCGAUAUCUUUCAAGUUCGCUGAUGGUGUUACCAAAUCUAUCCCUUGUUCAUACAUUGAGUUUGCUGAACGCCUUGUACUUCCGCAGUACCAAAAUAUACCCGAAAGCGAGAUACAAGAGUCUCAUCGACGUGAUGGAUUUGAGGUCGGAAAUGCUGACAAGAUCUUCGAGAGCACAUUUCAGGAGCAGCUUUCCCGACGAACCGGGUGAUAGCAAAUAGUAGCCACGGCUUUGGAUAUAUGUCAAUCAUGCCUCGUACAUGUGUAACGAGUAAAAAGCUCAAAACUGCUUGUAAUCUUGAUCAGUAAAGAUGCUAAUCCAAGAACUCUUAAUCAAAUAUAUUUAUGUGUAUAUUUCCGACUACUUUCCUAGUGGUGAGAAGGAGGUAAACAAAGAUAACAGGAAUAGUUACAAAACAUAAAACGAUAAUGAUGUUGUAUGGUUUUGUUCUUGUUCUGCAUUUGAGCUUGUUUUACCGAUUGGUAACUUCUUUGUUCAUGAUCUCUUACUUUCUCA